AUUGCUCUAAAAUAAAUCUCUUCCCUCUCUCUUUCUCUCUGUUUUCUCUCAUUUCUCUCUCUUGACGUUUCUCUCUUUCUUCACACUUCUUUCUCUCUCUUUUGCUAGGGUUUCGUUUUCUUUACUUCGAAAUCAUCAAGGGAAGAGCUUCAGUGGAAGGAGACUUCUGUGGAGAGGUUUUCUCGUGAAGAAUUGAAAAGUUUAAUGCUGAUUCCCUUUGGUGUCUACAUUUGAUUGCCUUCCUUUUGGCUUCUGAAGAUUGAUAAUGAUAAAGAUCAUGAUUUGGAGGGUUGUUGAUCUCAUGUUAUAAACUAAUAGAUACAAUGAUUUAAAAGCAAUCUUCUGCAUAUAUUUAUUGCAAAUAAAUGCACUUUUUUUCAUGCAUUUUACAGCAGAUGGUUGAGAGGUUUUGACUGUUUGUUUGGAAUUUUGACUAAUGGCUAUUGCUGGUCCGCACAAUGUUUCUGUACUUGAUUCCUCAUUCCUAAGAGAACCUCAAUCAGAAGCUGUUCCAAUAAGGAGUGAUGGUAGUAGUGGUAGAACCCGGGCGUCAUCGGUCCUGCAAAUGUGGCGGGAGCUUGAGGAUGUGCAUGUGGUGAGUCAUGCCCGAGAGCGAUUUGGUGGGAGAGUGCUCAACAAUAGAAGUGAUGGAAUGAGUUCUGAUCUGUCAAGGAUGGACAUGUCUGAAAUCCAUGGUAGUGAGCACAGUGGCAUCUCAGAGGAUGUGACUGUGAGUGAGAAUGACUAUGCACAAUGGUCUCCAGGUCCAAUUGGGUCAGAGAAUGGACAAGAAGAUUCAUCUGAUCUGGGUGAGAUUGCAAGGGAAAGGGUAAGGCAGAUUUUUCAGGAAUGGAUGAACUGCGCUGCAAGGGAACGCACAUCUAAUAUUUCCUGGAGGAGCACUAGUUCUAGAGCACAAUGGCUUGGUGAAACUGAGCAGGAGAGGGUCAGAAUUAUAAGGGAGUGGGUACAAAUGAACAACCGACAGAGAGGUACUUGCAUUGACAAUAGAGAAGAGCAUGAUGGUGAACUUGCAGGCCAAAUAGAACAAGUUCUUGAUGGAUCAGUUGUUAACCCCAAUGUAGGACAAACUGAGCAUACACGGAGGGGCAUACGUCGAUUAUGUGGCAGACAGGCUCUGCUCGAUAUGCUUAAAAAGGCUGAGAGAGAGAGGCAACAUGAGCUUCAAGUUCUGUUGGAGCAUCGGACUGUAUCACAAUUUGCUCAUCGCAACCGCAUUCAGUCAUUACUUAGAGGUAGGUUCUUGCGAAAUGAUAGAAUAAUUGAAGAUAAGAGACCUCCAUCAACAGCUGCAAGUGAACUGGGCUUACUGAGGCAAAGACAUACAGUAGCUGAUUUGAGGGAAGGGUUUUCCUCCAGAUUGGACCAUUCUAUAUGUGGUCAAGUAAGCAGCAGCACUUCUGAUACUUCUUCUAACAUUGAGAUUAAUGGUAAUGAAAGUGAACAAAUUCAAGCAAAUAAUUCACAACAGGUCGUUGAUGAAUUUUAUGAACAAACUGAGUCGAAUACCGAGGAAACUGACAACCAUAGAUUAUCAGAUGGUAAAACUGAUUUAGGAAGUAAUAUCAUUGAUUAUAAAAGUUCUCAGGAAUCUACUUCUGCUUCAGAAGUGGGGUCAGGACAAGUUUCGGAGAAUGAGAUAAGUGACAGGCAACAAACCAUGAGUACUGAGUUUGUUGAAAGCAGAGAUGGUACUGGAGAAGAGGUGAAUGCAAACUGGAGAGAAGUUACCAAUGAAAAUGUAGCUGGAGAGCAUAUUCCUCUGCCGUCAGCCGGUGAAGUAUUUUCUCAUCAAUUAGAGCCAAAUGGGAAUGAAAGUUCUGCCCCCAUCUUAUCCAAUCAUGUGGAUGAUUUAGAAGGCAAUGCAGUUGAAGAUGCAAAUCAGCAUGGAUCUGCUGCACUAGUGGAACAGUGGCAGAGUCAAGUUCUGGGAAGUGAAGAUGGAGGCUCAGGGUCUAAUGAAUGGAGAGAUAGUAUUCACGAUAACAUUGAUGGACAUCAACAGGAAAUUGCUGCUAAUGAGUGGCUGGUAAAUGAUGAUAGAGAAGAAGCCUCUGAGAUGUGGCACCAUGAUGGUGGUUUUCGAGAGACCGUGCAAAGUUGGUUACAAGAGCCUUCUGAACAGGAAUCUGUUCCUGUUGGGAGGAUGGAUCCUUUUUAUUUAUCUGAUGAUAAUAAUGUGUACAGUAUGGAACUUAGGGAACUCCUUAAUAGGAGAAGUGUUUCUACUCUUCUUCGUAGUGGUUUCCGUGAGAGUCUUGACCAAUUGAUACAAUCUUACGUGGAAAGGCAAAGCCAUGCUCCCCUUGAUUGGGAACUGCAAGAAACAUUGCCCACUUCAGUAUCAGCAGAACAAGAGCAGCAUAGUGGGGAUCAGAAUGAGGGUCAGCAAGAUUCUGUUCAGAAUUCUCCACACGCUCUACCUUCCUCAUCAAUUCCCCCUGUACAGCAGCUCUGGGACCAAGAAGCGCAGCAUUUUCCAUGGUCACAGCAUGACAUGCAUCAACGCUUCGGAAUUGACUGGGACAUCAUUAAUGAUUUGAGGAUUGACAUGGCUAGGCUACAACAAAGAAUGAAUAACAUGCAGAGGAUGCUGGAAGCCUGCAUGGACAUGCAACUUGAGCUGCAGAGGUCAAUUAGGCAAGAAGUUUCAGCUGCUCUGAAUCGCUCAGCUGGUUCAGCAGGGAUGUGCGAGAAUGGUUUGCCAGAGGAUAGAUCUAAAUGGGAUCAUGUGAGGAAAGGAAUUUGCUGUGUCUGUGGUGAUAGAAAUAUAGAUUCUUUGCUGUACAGAUGUGGGCACAUGUGCACAUGUUCAACAUGUGCAAAUGAGUUGGUCCAAAAAGGAGAUAAGUGUCCAAUGUGUAGGGCACCUGUAAUUGAGGUCAUCCGUGCUUACUCCAUCUUAUAGUUUGAUACUUGAAAAGGACAACGGGGGAUCAGAAAGUAGAAGAAAAGAAAUUCGGGUUAACAAUACUGGGCAAUUUCAGUUCUUGCUCUGGGACCUGGUCAGGUAUUUAUUAUUUCCUGGGUUCUCAUGCCAUGAUUUUGAUACAUAUUGAUUGUACGAGUGACUAGACAAUGGGGGUCUUUUAUUUGUCGUUUUAAUUUGAAUAAAGAUUUUGAGUGGAAGAAUCGUUUUAUUAUUAGCGCCGAGAAAGUUUUUGAAGGCAACUUUUUUAUCCUGAGAUGUACAAAGGAUAUAUAUGUGACUUGUGACCAUUCCCUGAUCCCUGACAGCUCCCACUUCUAGUGGGGUACCUAGCAAUGGGCUUUUGCACAACGCUGUAAAGUUUAUUUAUAGCAACUUCAUUAACUUGAUUUCUUUGAUUAA